AAGCCAAAACGCGUAUUUCACAAUUAUAAACAAACGUGUAAACUGUGAGAUCGAGUCUUGGUAAAGGGGAGGGGGUGAUCGACUACACAACAGAGGAGAUAAGCUUGAUUUCACCCUUCUACCGCUGGGGCUCUUCUGCAUCUUCGCCAUCAGAAACCUCGAGGAAAUUAACCGAAAACAAGACAUGAGCUCGACGGAAACCAGCGGCGCCGACACAUUCGUUCCCUUUUAAUAACCGGACGCGCGUUUCCUCCCCGGUUUACCGAGUCGGUUCAGUCGGCACCGUCCGGGAUGGGUAAGGAGGUGAACGGCGUCUCGCGGAGUCGCUUUGAGAUGUUCUCCAAUAAUGAUGAGGCUUUUAUCAACAAGAAGCUGCCAAAGGAGCUGUUGUUACGAAUCUUCUCGUUUCUGGAUGUGGUGACACUCUGCCGCUGUGCACAAGUCUCACGAUCAUGGAACCUGUUAGCUCUGGAUGGCAGUAACUGGCAGCGUAUUGACCUCUUUGACUUCCAGAGGGACAUUGAGGGCCGUGUGGUGGAGAACAUCUCAAAACGGUGUGGAGGCUUCCUUAGAAAGUUAAGUCUCAGAGGAUGUCUGGGAGUUGGUGACAGUGCGCUCAGAACAUUUGCUCAGAACUGCAGAAACAUCGAGCUGCUCAGUCUCAACGGUUGCACAAAGAUAACUGACAGUACCUGCAACAGCUUGAGUAAAUUUUGUCCCAAACUGAAGCACUUGGAUCUUGCCUCCUGCACCUCGAUUACAAACCUGUCUCUCAAAGCACUGAGUGAGGGCUGUCCUCUACUGGAGCAGUUGAACAUCUCUUGGUGUGACCAGGUGACCAAAGAUGGCAUACAGGCGCUUGUGAGAUGUUGUCCAGGUCUCAAAUGCCUUUUCCUUAAGGGCUGCACACAGUUGGAAGACGAGGCUCUCAAGCAAAUCGGAGCACAUUGUCCAGAGCUGGUCACGCUCAACUUACAGACGUGUUCACAGAUCACAGAUGAAGGUCUGAUAACCAUCUGUCGAGGGUGUCAUCGGUUGCAGUCGCUAUGCGUGUCGGGCUGUGCGAACAUCACAGACGCUAUUCUCAAUGCACUGGGCCAAAACUGCCCUCGCCUCAGAAUAUUAGAAGUGGCUCGCUGCUCUCAGCUCACAGACGUCGGGUUUACCUCUUUAGCUCGGAAUUGUCAUGAACUAGAAAAAAUGGAUUUAGAAGAGUGUGUACAGAUCACAGAUGGGACGCUCAUCCAGUUAUCUAUACACUGCCCUCGACUCCAAGUUCUGAGUUUGUCUCACUGCGAGCUGAUCACUGAUGAUGGGAUCAGACAGCUGGGCAGCGGCCCCUGUGCUCACGACCGGCUGGAGGUCAUCGAGCUGGAUAACUGCCCGCUCAUCACGGACGCUUCCUUAGAGCAUCUGAAGACCUGCCACAGCCUGGAUCGCAUCGAGCUCUACGACUGCCAGCAGAUCACCCGCGCGGGGAUCAAACGCUUGAGGACUCACUUACCCAACAUUAAAGUCCACGCCUACUUUGCACCCGUAACUCCGCCUCCAUCGGUGGGCGGAAGCCGUCAGAGAUUCUGUCGCUGCUGCAUCCUUCUAUGAUGUAAAAACAGACUGCAACCUGACCCCUCCCCCUAAUCUACCCAGAGCACAUGCUGGUGGGUCUCCGGUCAGAUCUAAUGAAAGUAAAAGAGAGACUCGUCCCGUCAUACUCUCAUGAGCUUCAACCAACACUACAGUCCCUUCUGUGGCUUUAUACCAAACUCGCAUAUGGAUAUGGGGAGCGUCUUAAAAACAGAGCAUGAAGAAUGUGACUCCCCCUCGAUACCACACCACGGAUCACAUCAGAUUGUGCAGAGACAACAUUAAGAGGAAACUGGCGAGUUUUUUGGCAGCCCCAAUCUGACCGUUCUUUUUGCCCCUACACAGAUAUGUAAAAAAAGUUUACUUGUCAGACCCCCCAAAAAACACAGCUUUGAACAUGUACGGACACACAAACACACAUUCUCUCUCUUUGUUUUACUCUGUGGCUUUGUAAUAUAAGACAUUUUUUAAGCAUGAUACUCCUCCAAGUUUUGCUUUUUAUCUGUAAGAGGUGGAGGUGGCAGUCGGCUGAUGGAGGCGAGGGGUUGAUGUACACUGCUGAUGAAGCAGGUUGGAUGUCUGGAGAACACGAAUGAAGGUGUUUUGCUCUUUCAGCAUUAUGCACUUAAGACAGUCUUUGAAUUUUAGGAAAGACGCGUACGCGAAUUCGAAUGUAAAAUCCCAGAUGGACAAAUGUGAGCUAGAUUCCGCAUACAUCCAUACCUUCAGGACCCGUCAUGUGAAUCUAAAAAGAAAUUAAAGCAUCACUUCAUCAUUUGUUGAAGUGUACGCUUUUGAAAAUGUCACUAAUAGACGAAACAGUAUUUAGGAUUUGUUCAAUGCAAACAAUCAAAUCAACCGAAAUCUAUUUGAUGCGCAGUGUGCUCGCAUACUACUCAGAGGAAUCGCCAGAUGACUUGUAAACGAAUCGCCAACAAUGGUUCGGCUUUUAGAUCCAUGAGAGUACGUCCUCCCAUCCCAAACACAAUCAAAAGCGUUUGUUUUAAAAUGUUUUGUUUGUUUGUGCUUGUUCUCAACGCGACUGGAAUCGUUUCCGUUUUGUCUUUCGAGUUGGUGAGCCCUUGAGGCCUCUUGCGAAAAUGUACGUUUUUUUUGGUUUCGUGAUUUUUUUGUAGUUUAGAGAAUUACCUUUAUUGAAAAUAAACAUCUGUCCCGCUCAAACUUGCAAGAGUAGAAGAUUAUUUCUAUAGGGCUUUAUAAAGUGCAAACGUGACCUGGAGGCGGGUUGGUGGCAUUUUGUUAAUGUAAACAUUUUGUGUGAUCGCGAUCAUGUAAUUGGAUGAAGUGAAGCGGACGCAGUUACAAUAAACCACUUUUGCACAAAUUUAUAUUCAGUUUCUCCCAAAAGUAAUUGAGGGAUAUACUGUUGCCAUAAAGAAGAUCUGGCGUUAACGCAUUGACCAUUCUUACCAUCUAUUUUUAGAUAAAGUUCGUUCAUCUGGUUAGAAUCACACACAAUGUAUUAGUUUAUUUUGGACUAUUUGUUUCUUAGUGCCUAUGAGCCGUGUAGAUUUCAUCAGGUGCGGUUUUCUGUGAUGUCUUGUACCUAUUUCGAUUCUUUUCUUUGUCAACAGCACAUAAAAUGCAUUGGUUUGGAAUCAGAGACAUGUUUCUCCAGUCAUGAACAGAGAUAGUGUUUGAAAGUCAUUGUGUGUGUGUGUGUGUGUGAGGCACUAACCCGUCGUUUUUUCCCACUUUCUUGUUGUAAAUCUCAUUUUUGUGUAUUCCUGCUCCGUUGGCUUAGUCUUUAGUGCAUAGAUUCUUAUCAAGGCAUAUCCUUGCUCUCAUGAUGCUCUUGAAUUGAGUUGAAUUUUCUGUCCAUGACAAAGCUCUAUUCUUCAUACGCUUGAUAUCUUUUGCGUUUGGGUUUAUAGUUUUGUCCUUUAAAAACAGCGAGGUCCAAAAGUCUCAGAUCACACUUUGAUUCUGUGAUUCACAAUAUAAUUGAAAUGUGGAAAUAAAUAUACAUAAAAAAUCAUGUAUGUAAAAGUAAUACGUAAUAAGGUUUCUAUGUCAGUAAGCAAAUUCAUAUGUAGGCUACUUAAGAUCACAAAUUAUUCAAGCUCGCCACAUGAUUUUUAAAGCAUUUUAAAUGGUGUCUAUUUCAGUUAGAAACAUACUGUAUGAGGUGAAGAUAACCUUAAAUAAAAUGAAGAACUCGUCAUCAUACGAGCUAUAAACAGAUCAACCCAUGAGUGAAGUUCUUCUUGGAUGCUUUUAAAUCAAGAGAAAUGCAACUGUGUAGAGAUUUCACGAGUGGUCUCGGACGUUUGGACCCCACUGUGCAUCUGAGUUUAUCUGGAGAUGUCAGUCUCUUGUUGAGAACAAUGUUGAGCAUGUAGAAUGUUGGGAUUUUCUGUUUUUUACAUUGUGAUGUUAUUUCUUUAUGUUGUGUGUAUAUUGGAAAGUCUAAGGUUCAAGCUCAAUAUCUCCAAACUGCUCAGAAUGUAGAUAGACCUUAUAAUUCACAUUCGACAAAUGGUUAAUCGUUUAUAUUCGAUCGAUUAUUUGUCAGAUCAGGAUUUGUCCAUGUUUUGCUUUUAGAUGUUUUCGCUGCUUUGAUAUUCUGUAUGUGUGUGUUUAACAUCCAUCCUUCUUGACAUGUAUUUGAUGAAAUGUGAUGACAUGUGGCCAUUGCACUGUGUUGUCUGCAAAUCCUUUUUGAUUUUUAAUCUUGCUGUUAAAUCAUUUGAGAGAUCGAGUCAGCAAUACCAAAUAAUGUUUCUCAAUACAUUUAACUCCAACAAUGAUUGGGUUAUAAUAGAAAUCUCUGCCCUGUUCCAUAUAGGCGACAACCAUUUUUUUCUUUGUCGCCUUUUAAGAACUCGCUGGACUUCGAAAAAUUGCUGAUAAUGAAUAUUCCUCUAUCAUCCUUACAUACACACACAACACACAUUAUCUGACUGCUGUCAAUCCUCAUGGUUAUCUGUGCACUUGUUAUCAAUGAGUGUGUUCAACUUCUGGAUGUUUUGGGGUCACAUUCUGAUUUUGGGAUAAACAGACACAUCUACAAUCUGAAGUCACGGUCUGAGUGUUUGAGACUGUAACAAUGAGCUUUCAGGGCCCUGAGAAUGAGGGGAGGAAACCUUCACAAAGACUGUACUAAUUUUAGUUCUUGUACUUUUUUAUUUUACAAUUAACCAAUAUAAAUGAAGAUGGCAGAAUGAAUAAAUAUAUAACUAUAUUAUUAAGA